AUGCUUCAUAGAUUAGAACAGAUUCAACCAAUGAGCAUUAACUUGCGGGCAUAUGGUUUCCGGACGUCUUGGCGCAGGAACGUCGUUAGGGAACUAUCGCGAGAGCUCCCACAUACCUGCGGUGACGCUUGCGCCAUCAAUGCCCCUGCACGUACGACAUCAGAGUGCAGGAGGGCUUUACAUGCGCAGCGCUGGACGACAGCUCCGACCCCCACGCGAUACUCCAGAAGCGUAGUCCGCCAGUCCUCAACCUGCACUUUGCAGUCACCUGCGCAGCAGCAAGGUAGACUCCUGGCGCAUUUUCAAAAAGGCAUCAGCAGCAUCAGCCCUACCAGCGAUGCCCCUUCCGGUGCAUCACAUUUCGCCGGCUACAAGGCAGUCCAGCCCGCUUGGACACCGGAGCUUGCAGACCUCAGCUCUCUGGCCAAGGACUGGCGUUAUCGUGCUCUUAGCGCUGAACCGUGCCACAGAAGCAAAGACGAUGGCGCCUGCAGCAAGGGCAGUGGGAAGGACGACGCUGCCUUGGAGAACGCGAUAUCGACAGCAGGUCACCACAACAUUCCCCUGACCCUUAUCGAGCGGACCUGUAACCUGCUGGACCGGCGGCUUGGGAGUGGAGCCUUUGGUGGUGCUGUUGAGCGAUCGCGGGCCCGCCACUCCUCAUCCCUUGCGGAGGCCGGUGGCGGCGGGGAUGCCACUUGCGCUGCUGCGACUCGUCACGCUGCGACUGACGACCUUGCCGACAUCAUUACCUCGGUUGCUGAUUGCCUGACUGGCGAUGGCCGGCUUUCGGCGCCGCCGCCGGACCUGGCACGUAGCCUCGUGUCUGCUGCCACCGCCGCAGCGCAUACCGCGACCUGGUCCCAGGCCGCCAAGAUGCUCGAGGGCAUGGUGCGCAUGAAGGCCAUGGGCAAGAGGUUCUUGGAUCAAAUUCUGGCGCGCACACAGCGCCUCUUGGCACCGGAGCCCUCGUCGUGCAUGCGCCUUGGCAUGUACACGCGACAGCGAGCGCAGAAGAAGGCGGCGGGUGGGGAUGUUGCUAUACACAUGUCACCGGACAACAUGCCCAGUGCUGUAGAUGCAAUCAGCCUGCUAUGUUCGCUAUCGAAAAUGCACGCCUUGCCGGCCGCAACGGCAAAGGCAAGCAUUCGCGGGGCCAUGCUGCGACUCAUGUUCUGCCUGCAAGCACGACUACCUGCGUUGCCGGGCCCAGCACCUCUGCUGGGACUUCUGCGAGAUGUGACUUCUUGCGGCUGGCGCCACGACCGUGAGCCGGAGUUCCUGCGUCGCAUCGGCGACUAUCUCUGCACUCGUGCACCGCUAGGAGGGCCGACAGCCGUCGCUGCGGAACUGCCGUCCAGCAGCCCGGUGGCGCAUCCUGGUACAGCAGUAGCAGCACCCACAGCCGCACCUGCAGCCGGAGAAUUGGGUCUGUGUGAUGAUGACAGCGUGCUUGCACAGCCGCCACACCUGCACUUCCUAACGCCAUCGCAGGUAGUGGAGGUCCUGGAUCUGUUUGCGCGUGCCGGAGUGCACCACAGCGGCCUCAUGGAAUGCGGGCUGGACGCGGUGGAACGCUGCCUACCAGCGUUAGCGCCCUCGCAGGCGGCACGCGUGGCGGAGGUCUGCGCGCGGUUUUCCCACCACAGGUCGUCGCUAAUGCAUCGCCUGGCGCUGCAUGUUGCGGCGUACCUCAGCCUGCCGACGCAGCCGUCGCUGCCCGUCACCAGCGGGAUGCUGGUGGCGCCUGGGGACGUGGCGGCGACGGUUGCCGCUCUGGCCAGGUGCCGCGUGCGUGAUGAGCGGUUCCUGGAUGCCGUGGCGGCGUACGCAGGGGACCACGCGGGAGCGCUGCUGGCGGAGGUGGAAGCGAAGGCGGAAGCGCAAGAGGCAGCGGAAGCGCAGGCGUGGCUGGAGGCGCAGCCGCAGGGACAGGUACAUCCGCAGGAGCGGCCUUCACCGGAGGGGGUUGCCUCGGGUGAGGCCGCGUUGACUGCGUUACAGGGAGAGCUGCUGCCGCGGACGGGCGCCACGGCUUUGGGCCCGCUGCGCACUGCGGCGUCGCUGCGGCGGGGGCUAGAUGCAGUGGUUCCGGCGGCAGCGGUCCCCCUACUACAGGAACUAGGCGCACAGGAAGGAGGGACGGGAAGCGGCUCGUGCGCGGUGGAGUCUGAUAUCCUCAGUGGUGCGGCGGGUUGCAGCACCACGGCUGUGGUGGAACACCUGGCCAGCAGCCCGGCACCACGGGAGCAUCUGGGGGGUGUUCUGACACAAGGAGCAGAGGCUGGCUGGGGGCAGGUGGACGAAACCCGGCAUGAGGGGUCGGAGAGUGCAAGCCCUGCCCGCGCACCCAAUUCCCUCCCUGCUGCGGGUCCUUUGCGUGUCUGGGCUGGGGCUCUGGUUGGGGACGUUGGCGUCGACUGUGUGGCGCAUGGAUUACAGGUGAGCGCGGCUCAGGGCCGACUGCUACAGCCAGCGGCAGGGAUAGCAGCAGAGGAGCCGAUGUCGGCACCCGUUACGCGCUUGGAAAGCAGCACCGAUGAGGUGGCCCUGUUGGAGGCGCUCCUUACACCGCCGGCGGCGGAACUCUCGCUGGCACCGCCCACACCUCCAGCACAGCUCAGCUACAUGCGUCCAGCGGGUGAGCACUUGACAAGGGAGCCUGCAGGUAGCAUGCAGCGGCGGCCGCCCAUGCCGAUGCAGCUGCUGGCGCUGGGGACCGUCAGUGCUUCCACGGCCAGGGCCAGGGAUGCGGAUGCUGGCAACAGCCGCGUAGGUGCCACGGGACAUGUUGUGACUGGGCUCGCGGGGGGACAUGGCCCAGUCCCCGCUCAGGCCGCACCGGGGCGGCCAGGCGCGGCGGUGGCGGCACAGCGGCACUCUGUUGUUCAGGCCGUCAGGGCAACGCCACAGCGUCCAGGCCUGCCGUUGGCAGACACGCGUGGUGGCGCCACUGGGGACAGCGCAGCACACCGAGUGAGCUUGGAUUACAUCGCGGCGGACCGCACCGGCCUGGUCAUUCGGAGGCUGUCGCCGGCGCUACAGCCUCGUGCGCUUUUGGACGAGCUUCUAGCGAUACAGGGCGUCUCGAUCGACCUAUACUACAUGCCGUAUGACUACGCUGCGGUUUCGAAGGGCAGGCCUGGCUUAGGCUGUGCUUUCGUGGGUGUGACGUCAGCGGAGGGGGUGGCAGCGCUUGCGGGAAGGCUACAGGCGGGGCCGAUAUGUGGUGGGGCUGAGUUGGCGGUUCUGGAGUACCUGCCGCCAGCUAACAGCGACGCACUGCUGAGGGCGCUGCUCAACCCGUCGUCGGGCUACAGUCCCCCGCGCACAGAUACGACUUCUAGGCCCGUGUUGCUGUAUGUGAGCGGCUCGCUACGUGGCCAGGUACAGCCGAUUGAGCCUAAGGAUGUGGAGAUGUACGACUUGCGCCCCGUCAGCGGGAAGAUCGCUUGCGAUCCGCCGCAGGUGCCUCAACACAAAGAACGUCAUCGCCGACAUUCCGAGCAGCAACACCAACAUGGGCAUCCUCAGCAGCCAAAUGGCUCGUCCUACGCCGCACCAAGGCGGGGGAAUGUGGUGCCUCAUAUGGCGCCGGGGCCGGAGAUGUGUUCCUUGGACAGCACGGCAAUACGGGGGCAUGGUCUCCCCGUCGAGACCACCCUGUCCGGUCGAGACCACACAGCCUCCGUCACCGUUGCAUGGAGCGAGGUCAGCGACGCCGCCCAUGGAACCCUUCAGCCAAUGGACACCCUUCAGUCCGGCUGGUGUGAUGCGGUGCGUUGUUGGCCGCCGGAGCAUCAGGCUAGGGGGUUAGGACAGCAACAGCAUCCGUACGGUGACCCUGUCCAUGCGAUGGCGCGGACACACGCACCCGCAACCUGCAACUCAUCUACGGUGCAGUCGCCCCUAGGUACCUCACCGCGGCCGCCGCCGGAGGGUCAUCUCGUCAGCGACAGCAGCAGCAGCAGCGGCAGAGAGAGCUACGGCACAGGUUCAGCAGCUCGGCGGCAAGGUCCCUACGUAGACGUGCUGUCGCGACCACACGGUCUGCUGGCUGUGUCCCAACUCGCCUUGAUCGCGCACAGCAUGGCCGUACUGUCGUACCACCCGCAGAGUUUGCUAGGGACCCUGAGCGACCUCAUGCGGCGCCUGCUGAGGCCGGUGCUCCGCGACCCGCGCCUGGCCAUCGCCAUGCUCCCGCCGGCAGCGGGCGACGCCUCGGCGGAGCCUGGUGCCGGCAGAGCUGCGGCAUCAGGCACCGAUGAUGGGGCAAGUAGUCCACACCUGUCGCUGCCACCGUCGCAGCAGCAGCUGGUGGAUCUGUAUCUGCUGCCGGCCAAGUCCCUCCUUCAUGUGCUCCACGCCCUCGCCGCACAGCCUCGUCCCGAUGCAGCCGCCUUUCACGAGCUGGCGGACGUGUGUGCGAUCUCCCUGUCUGGAUGGGCACCUCGCCACUGCGAGGGUGAGCCCGCAGGGCCGCAUGCGAUGUCCGCAGGUCCCUGCGCGCCAAGGUCCCACGGCCCUGGCCCCUGCACCGCGGACGGGGCUAUGCAUGCGGGACUUCUGGGCGAGGCUGCAGUUGCGGCAGCGGCGCCGCUGCCACCGCCCGACGUCUUGGACGUGCACGUGCGGCUGCUAGCGCAGGCGCUGGGUGCCGCUGCGGACCACGGUGCUGCGCUGUACCACCCGCGUCUCUGCGACGCAACCGCGUCACUGCUGCGGCAUCGCCUGCAGUGCCUGCGUACGCGCGCCGCAUGCGCACUGUUGCAGCCGUUGGUGCGUCUGCGGCACCCUCCGGCAUGGCAACUGGUAGCGGCUGUGGCGCCGCUACUGGCGCAAGAGAGCGGCCGUCUGUCUGCCGCGUCGCUGGUGGACCUGGCAUGGGCGUGCGCAAGGACGUGCCUGCAUGACAGCAGCACUCCAGGCCAAGUGGUGCAUGCGCUGGCUACGCGCACCCGGCAGCUGCUUCACCAGCUGCCCACCAGUGGCGUUGUACAGAUGUUCUGGGCGCUUGCGGCGCUGGGCUACGACGGCGGCGGCCACAAGGACGCAGCUGCCGCUACUGCCGCACACACUGGCGAUGGGCCCGACCUGUACUGGCAGCUUUUGCAGGUACUGCUGCAGCGGUACGACAUUAGCGCACGCGACCUGCUACUGCUUCAGGAGGGACUGAAGCUGCGGCGCCGGCAGCGAGUUAUCGCCCGGGCGGCGGCCGCAGUCGCUGAUAUGGCGGAUGACCCGCCGUCGGGGUUAUCGACGGGAACGGAUGAGCACCUCAUGGAGGCCUUUCUGAAGGAGCUGCUGUACCGCACAGGAGCGACGGAGGUAACGGGUGCGAUGGCGGUGGCGACGAAACAGCAGGCGCAGACAGUUGUGCCUGCAGACGUGGCAGUGAGGUUUACUUGGUGCGGCGCUACCAGGGCGGUCGCUGAGAACUCACAUUCUAUGCUACGCCACCGGGCAGUGGUCCCGCUUGCUGCGGCAGAGCUGCUGGGCUCGAACGUUGUUGCUUUGCCCACCACCCAGCAAGUGGCGGACUCCGCACAACCUGCCAGCAGCAGAGAAGGCUUAGGCUUGGUGUUGGCGGCCACUGCGGAGGCUUGCGCUGUCUCAGAGGAUGGUCGCAGGCACCCACUAUGGAUAACAACACCACUGCCGUCCUCGUCCUCAUCCCCACCUACGCCUGUGACGUUACCCGCGGACGUCACUGUGGCGCAGAUCGGAGCAGCUCGGAAACAGGCUCACCUCGCGGAUGAGCCUGAAAGUUUGGAAGGCAACGGGAAUGGCGCAACGCACUUGUCCGGGGAAGUGCCUCGGACGGGCGCCGAAGCGCUUCCAAAGGUGUCCACGACGAAACCGGAACUGGACUCGAAGACCACGGAGGUGCUGCCGCCCCUGCCAAGCUGGCGUUCAAUAACGGGGGCUGCACCUACUGCAACGGGCAACUCGCUUAGCUCUGAACCCAGCUGUGCAGGGUCUUGUUGCGAGGAGGAGGGGGAGUCGAGCAGCAGCUUAAACACUAUUAGUAGUAGCUCUAGCAGCCUUGGAAGCAGUGUCACGGAUAGUCACACAGGAGACAGUCACGCGGGCGAUAGCUUUAGAGAAGGUAGAUACAGCCGCGAUAAUGCGCUAGUGUCGGGCAGCAGGCAUGCGGGUGGUGAUUCACUGGCGGUUGGGGGACUGGUGCGUCAGUUUCUGAUUGCUCGUAGGGGCCUGCGGCUGGAAGAGGCAGACGGGGUGUUGAUGCGGCUGCAGGUGCCGGACGCAGUAUUGGCGAGAGCCAGUGCCAGGGCGACUUCUUCAGUGGCUUUGUGA